CUAACAAGGUGACGCGGUGCUAAUAAGCCAUCUCUCACCAUCAGUGUUUACAUUCUGCGUAUGUCUUGUAUGCACUGGUUGUAUUUCUUCUGACCGGCGGCCUACAGCAAAUAUUCUGUCAGUCGAGGUGACAGAUUCAGUGAGGAUACUGCGCUGAUACUUGCUAUUUCCGUCCAAUUAACUGCACUCCUACGUAGGGGUGAGUGAUAUUCUCAACAACAUUAUUGGUUCGAUAUAAUGACUAUAACAGUUGCUAUAGCAUUUACUCUGCGAUAAAUGGGUCAAAUGUGGUCAUAGCUGCCAUGCUGGGCGGUGAGCUAUCCAGCUACAAUACCUCAGUGACAUUGACUUGAUUGAAAUAUCAUGCAAGUCAUCAUGAUUGUUCGGUUACAUGCCAUGUAUCAGGGAUCCAGAAAGAUGCUUAUUUUUCUCAUUGCGAUCUUCCUGGCUGUCAAUAUCAGCUGUGGAGUGAUGUCCGGAAUUGCACUCAAGAAUCUUUCAGGGGAGGAGCUCAUCCUCGAUGGCACCUAUGAGUGCACCUUUUACUACGGGGGAGGCGUCCAAAUUCUGAUCAGAAUGGUUUGGAUACUCAGCACUAUAUGGGAGGUCCUUGUACUGUGUCUUGCAGUCUGGAUUGCUAUGAAACAUUUUCGUGACCUGCGACGACUGGGAUCAUCGACGGGUUCGACCCUCGGGGACUGUUUCACAGUGUUAAUAGAAUCCCACGCGCUUUACUUUGCAAGCUUUGCUGUUGUUGCUUGCCUCCAGCUUGGUUCUCUCUCUCCAAAGAUCACGGCCGAAAAUUCCAUGGGAGCUUUAAUAUAUAGUUCCUUUCUUGAAAUUGUUGAGAUUUUGCAGAUGUUUGUGUUAGGACCGCGCCUCAUCCUUAGCGUUCGAAAAUAUCACGCUAAGCUCGUGGCCAACUCCGACGCAGCAACCGUCAUGACUUCCAUUGCCUUCCAGGAGCGCGAACAUGUGUCAGCUGGCAGUGAUGUGUAGCACGAGAAAAGUUGUCGGGUAUUCUACAGGAGCAG